GCUGAAGUGCCGCUGUGGCGCAGCAAAAAAACAGUACACGGAGCACAGGACGCACCUCUCAUGAUAUUCCUCGCAAUAUACGGAUUUGAUUGCGCUCUUGCAGGUUAAUCUGCGAUGCGAGCGCGAACCAAGGGAUUCUUUGUUGCGCAAGGAGUCAUUCGAAAGCUGAAAUUUCCACGUUUUCGAGAAGCCGCCGCCGUCGUAGGGGAGAGGACCGCAUUUUCUCUCGAAGGAGGCCUCUAAAUUGACGACAGUAGGCGAUAAGAUUAAAAUGAAAUAUUUUGAGAUUAUUAUUUUGGGGGUCGUGUAGUGCUGAUGCCUGUAGUUGAAGCGAUUUGAUUAUUAAUUCAUAUAUUCCUAUCAUACGUGUUUGCAUGGACGUUGAAUUUACUCAGUUGGCGGCAUGUUACAAAAGCCGAUUCAUAUAAUGUCUGUUAUUCGAUACCAUUAGGGAUAAGUGCAUGUAUUCCCAGGCAGGUGGAACGAUGUAUCUGUGGAUCCCGUCUUAAAAACCUCAGGGAACACAUAAUCGAAUCUGAAUGGGAACACUGCGCGUCCUCACAUGAAUUAUUUUUUCUAAAUAUAUAUAUUUAAAAAUAAAAACAGAAGGAACCCAUCGAUCGAACCUUUACAUUUAAGCACUUUGAAAAUCAUCUGCUAGCAGCAAUAAUUUCCGGUGUCGAAUGCUAUUAUCCACUCGAAACUGUUGAUUUGAGCCAAAGAAGUCAAACAGUUCUGUUGGGAUUUUUCAAGCACAUUCUGUGGCCAUACAGAGGCUUGUUUUGCACAUUACAAAAGCAAAUUAGGGUUAGGUUUCAGCGUGUAAAAGCACGUUUCUAACUUUUGAACCCCCCUCCGCCACACACACACACACACACUCCCAUUCCAAUACAAAGCUCCUGUCUGUGACAUGACGGCAAUUCACAUUUUGCUCCUUUUCCUCUCCUGCACAUGGUUUGUGCGACAGUGUGAUGGGGCGUGUGCGGAGGUAGACUCGGACACAGAGGCGGUGGUGGGCCGAGGCUUCAAACUGGGCUGCAUCUCCUGCAAGAUGAGGAGUGAAGUCAAAGCUACUGCCACUGUUGAAUGGUACUUCAAGGCCAGAGGAGAAGUUGAAUUUGUGCAGAUUUACACCUAUGGUGAGAUGGGCCCCAUGAUCGAAAACGAACACUUCAUGGACCGUCUGGAUUGGAACGGGAGCAAGCGGAGCAACGACAUCCAAGACGCGUCCAUCUAUAUUCUCAACGUCACCUUCAAUGACUCGGGCACAUACCGUUGCUUCUUCAACCGCGUCCUGACCUACAGCAACUACGAGAACACCACCGUGAUCAGCAAAGUGGUGCACCUGAACGUGCUGGCCAAAGCCACCAGAGGUACGGCCUCCAUCGUGUCCGAAGUCAUGAUGUACGUGUCCAUCAUCGGCCUGCAGGUGUGGCUCCUCAUCGAGAUGAUCUACUGCUACAGGAAAAUAGCGGCGGCCGGGGAGGAAGCGCUAAGAGAAGCCGCGAAUGCUGAAUAUUUAGCAAUCGCCUCGGAAAGUAAAGACAACUGUGCAGAUGUGCAGGUUGGGGAAUAGCCAAGGCUUCACUUUUGGACCAAACUCAUCUUUCCCGAACACCCCGCCACAGUCCACUAACUGCAUGAAACCAAACUUGGGGAGGGGAACAGACUGCAUCCUCAUCUCCAUCCCAUUAUGCAUUAAUUAGCCACGUCCUUGAAAGCAUAACUCACGGUAAAGUAUUAUGUUGACAUUCUGGAUAUUUGUAUGACAUGCGCAACACUGCCUGUGGUGAGACUGUUGAGGUCGAUUGUACAAGAAGGCUUUUUACUAACUCGUCACCUCUGAAUGUCUGAUUUAAAAAAUAAUUAUAAUAAUGUUAUGUUAUUUAAAGAUUUUUUUUGGAUAGAUUGUCUUUCCAAUCGAAUUGCUGGUACGUUCAAUGAUGCCUUCAAUGUACGAAUAAAAAAAUAAAUAAAGGACAAAAGUCA